UUCCAUUUCCUGUUGUCUUUUUCGGCAUUUCCACAAGUAGCAACAUCCGGUUGUUGCAAAGUUUUUCCUCUUUGUCACUGACUAGUCAGCAGUUUUCCUCAUGAUUGUGUAACUCUUAAUGACGUAAAAAGUGUUUUAAUAUUAAUUAUUUUUAUUGGUCUCUAACAAGUAUAAAAACUUUCCUUUAUAGAAAGAAAAAACACAUUUUAUAGAAAAUUGCUUCAUGAUCCUGUAAAUGCAGCAGUUAUCCUUGUUUUUGUUUUGUACCACACGUUUUCCUUCCACUCAAUUUUCCUCUUCCAUUUGGAAACAAUCUACAUACAGUUAUAUAAUGGCCUUUUCUGACUUGCCAACCUUUCACAGACAUGUCAGCAGGUUUCUCCAUGAUUUUAUAACUAGUCAGAAAAUAUUUUAAUAUUAUUUUUAUUGGUCUUUUCAAAGUUUUUAUUCUUUACUUUCAUAAAUAUACAAUUGUUCUUUUAUAUAAGCAGAAGAAGCCAUCUUUAUAGGAUUGUUCCACGAUCUUCUAAAAGUGGCAGUCAUCUUGGGGGUUUUUUUAUAACAUACUUUUUCCUUCCACUCAACUUUCCAAUUUUAUUUGGAAGCAAUAAUCUUCAAACAACUAAAUUGUUUAAUGACAUUUUCUGACUUUCCAUCUUGUCACUUGUCAGUUUUCCCUAUGACUGUGUGACUCAUAAAGACAUAAGAAAAUAUUUUAAUAUUAAUUGUUUUUAUUUUUCUUAAGAACGUUUUUACAGUGUUAUUAGUGUAGCAACUUUCUCUUAUAAAAAAGAAAGUAAAAGACUCUCAUGGGCUUGUUUCAAAAUCCUAUGAAAACUGCAGUUAUUUUUUUUUCUACCACACUUUUUCCUUCCACUAAACUUUCCUCUUCCAUUUGGGAAACAUAGUCUAUGGUAAUCACCUUUUUCUGUCUUUCUGCCCUGUAAGUCAGCAAGUGAUUUUCUUGUAUUCUAAGUUAUUCGAGAUGUAACUUAGUGAAUCGAUUUCAACUUAAAUUUCUGAAGUAAAUAAACUUUUUCAUGAUCUUCUAAUUAGUUAUUUAAAAAGUCAAUCUUUACCUAAAAACACCUCGUGUUUUGAGCUUCAACCCGACUGAUGGCGUGUUUCUUAUCAAAAAGUGGGAGCUUUAGAGGGGUGGGAUUCGGGACUUCCGAGCCGCCGUGAACGCAUCACCAGGCCCAGUGUCGUCAGCCGCUUCCCUGCGCCUCCUCCAGCAGCCAGUCAGAGGAGGGAUGCUCUGAACGCGAGACUGCAGCAUCUUCACCGAGUCAGCCGAACCGCACGCCUCUUUCUCCGCGUCUUCCUGCAGCUCCGGACCCGCGCCGCCCGCCGACACCCCGGGGUGUCUUCAUCCGCGCCUCCUGGAGCCAGGACCGGACAACCGCACUGAGAUUACGCUCGGAUUUCCCUCCCUUGUUUUUUCAUAUUAUCCUAACGACCCCGAUUGUUUUUCUUUUUUGUUUGUUUUGUUUCUUCCUUUGUUUUUCUUGUUUUCUUCAUUGUUCGCGGAGGAGCGCCACCAUCCUGUCCUGCCGGACAUGAGCGGAAUGAUACACAUAUCCUAGCCCGCGUCUCUGAAGGUUCUUGGAAAAUAGAGUAUUUUUUGUUAUUAUUUUUAUUGUUAUUGUUAUAAUUUUCCCGCAGGAAGCGGAUCCGGUGGAUUUUUGUUUCCAUCUUUCCGUCGCUGCGCAGCAUCUCUCAACCUGCGCCGUCCGUAAGAAAAAGGCGUAUUUCCCCCAUUCUUAAAGCGAUCUCGCUUUCUCCCAGGACUCAUCUGCACGGCUGCGCUGCGUAAAGACCAGCGGAGAAAGGAGGAAGAAGAAAAAAAAAAAACACACACACACACACACACACACACACACACACAUACAUACAUACAUACACACACACCACGCGCACGGACGGGGGAUUUAAGCGCAGACGCAGCUUAAGCAUCCAAGAGCGAGCUCGAAAAUGAUGGCCGGCGGAGCUGUGCAGCAAAACGGCAUUUUCUCAAGUCCCCACCAUCACAGUCAGCAGCCGCACAUGGAGUCCGACCCCCCGGAUUCGCGUAAAAGACCCCUGGAGACCCCGACGGAGGCCAGCAGCACCAAGCGCACAAACACGGGAGAGGAAGGCGAGUACUUCCUGAAGGUUUUGAUUCCCAGCUAUGCUGCUGGUUCAAUCAUCGGGAAAGGAGGCCAGACCAUCGUUCAGCUGCAGAAAGAGACUGGAGCCACCAUCAAACUGUCAAAAUCCAAAGACUUCUACCCUGGCACAACAGAGCGGGUGUGUCUGAUCCAGGGGACGGUGGAGGCGUUGAACGGCGUCCAUGACUUCAUCGCUGAGAAGGUGAGGGAGAUGCCUCAGAGCACCCAGAAGACAGAACCAGUCAGCAUCCUGCAGCCGCAGACCACCGUCAACCCGGACCGCGUCAAACAGGCCAAGCUGAUUGUCCCCAACAGCACAGCCGGCCUCAUCAUCGGCAAAGGCGGCGCUACGGUCAAGGCGGUGAUGGAGCAGUCUGGGGCUUGGGUCCAGCUAUCCCAGAAGCCCGAGGGCAUCAACCUGCAGGAGCGUGUGGUCACCAUCAGUGGCGAGCCGGAGCAGAACCGCAAAGCCGUGGAGAUUAUCAUCCAGAAGAUCCAGGAAGACCCUCAGAGCUCCUCCUGCCUCAACAUCUCCUACUCCAACAUCACCGGGCCGGUGGCCAACUCCAACCCCACCGGCUCCCCGUACGCCAACUCCACCGAGGUGAUGCCGGCGGCGGCGGCCGCUGCAGCCGCCACCGCCUCCUCUCUGCUGGGCCAGGCGGGCCUGGCGGGAGUCGGCGCGUUCCCGACCACCAUGUCCAGCUUCUCAGGCAACGACUUGCUCGCCAUCACCUCCGCGCUCAACACCCUGGCCAGCUACGGCUACAACACCAACUCUCUGGGGCUGGGGCUCAAUCCCGCCGCCGCUUCCGGAGUGCUAGCCGCCGUAGCGGCUAACGCCAACCCAGCAGCGGCCGCGGCGGCUAAUUUGUUAGCGUCGUAUGCCAGCGAUGCGUCUACCAGCGCGGCGCACCCCGUGGGGAGCCUGGGAGGCCUCUCUCUGGGGUCACUGGCGGCCGCCACCGGCGCCACCAACGGCUACCUGAGCGCGGCGUCGCCUCUGGUGGCGUCGUCCCUCCUGGCGACGGAGAAGCUAGCAGAGGGAGCCAAGGAAGUGGUCGAGAUCGCCGUGCCGGAGAACCUCGUCGGCGCCAUCUUGGGGAAAGGCGGGAAGACGCUAGUGGAGUACCAGGAGCUGACCGGCGCCAGGAUCCAGAUCUCGAAGAAAGGCGAGUUCAUCCCGGGAACUCGGAACAGGAAGGUGACCAUCACGGGGUCGCAGGCCGCCACGCAGGCCGCGCAGUACCUGAUCAGUCAGCGGAUCACCUACGAGCAGGGCGUCCGCGCCACCAACCCACAGAAAGUGGGCUAAACCUGACAGCCGCCCGGAAAUGAGGAGGAAAAGUGAAAAAGGAAUGAGGGCUUCGGGGGAGGAGAGCAAAGAAAAAGGGAGAAUGGAAAAAAGGAGAGGAGAGAAAGAAUAUCGGAAGGAAUCGUUUGCGCCGUUUUCUUCUGUGUUUUCAGUAUUCUAUAUUAAAAAAGAGGAAGUUUUUUGACUCCAAGCAAAAAUGUGCUGAGAAGGCGAGGAGGGGAGGGGGAGCGAGUUAUUACGCUGAAAAACCAAGAAAAAAAUGUGUAAAAUGUAAAUAAGGUUUUAUUACUUAACGUCUUGACCUUUGGGAUUUUUUUAUUGUUUUAUUUUUUGUUCAGUAAAUUAAGCUGUCUGUGUAUUGUGUGGACAGAGCUCAAUUCCAUUUAGACUGGGAGGCUACAGAGUGCGGCGGCGGGGGUCAAGGGUCACCAGGGUCAGGGUGAGGCGGAGGGUUGGUGUUUACAGGGUGCAACGCUCCAAAAUCCCAUCCCGGCCGCCGGCCCCUCCAGCCCACACGCCGCAUCCUCAAACUGAUUUUACUUUGAUUUUAUUUACGUUUUUAAUUCGACCCCCUUUCGCUUCAGCCCCUCCCCUUUUUAACGGUUUAAAAAAAAAAAGAGAAAUAUUGCAAACUUUAGCUUAAUGUGUGUAAGCUAAGAAACGUCCUCAACUCUCGGUGAGGAGCGUGCGGGCGUUUCUUCAUUCGCGCGCGCGCACACACUUACACACACACACACACUUACACACACACACACGCAGGCGCGACCGGUGCAGCGCUGCAGAACCGUCUCUGCAGUAUAACAACAACAAUAAUGAUUAUAACACUAAUGAUGACAGUAGCUGCGUUUCCGCCACAAAUGUGCGCAAACAUUUUGUCGCCAGUUUCACAGUUAAAUAAGAAACGUGAUGAGUCAUUAAAAAACUACUUCCUGUUUUUGAGAAUCAGCAUCCGGUUGCUGGUCAUGUGACUCGUGAUUCGUAAAAAAUUUGCAGUUUUUAUUGGAAAAAAAAAUACUUUUUUUUUUUUUAAAUGAAAAUUUAUUUUCAAAACGUCAAACUGCGCCGUCGUAUGUUGACUGGAAACGCAGCUACUGUCGUUUUGCUACAGGAAAUCUCCACCACUGUCGCUAUUUAUUAAUAACAUCGCCCGUUCAAAGCGCAGUCUAAUUUUUUUAAAUCUGAAUUCAGGUUGACAUGAAUGUAAAUGAGACUUUUUGUUCUGGGUUUUGUUUUCAUGUAAGAGGAAUAGUAAUGUCAAAUAGUGUAAUAUAUGUCUUAUUUAUGUCCAGUGAGGGAGCCGAGAGUGAGAAAACAUUUACACACGAGAGUGAGAAAUAUCCAGUCAAAGAGCAGAACAGGGAACACACACACACACACACAGACGAGCGCUGAAAGGAAACGUCACAGCACCAAAUCUGGUGCCACUGAAGGAGAAUCCAUCAUAUCUGCUGUCUGUAGCUGAAGAGAAACGUCCAGUUUUCAUCCGCUGCAACUAAAAAUCACCGUUUAGACGAAACCUGGAAACUCAUCAGUUUGAAAAGCUGAAGUUUUGCUGGAAAACUCAAAUAUUUUGAGAUUAAUGUCAGAAAUUUGGUAGAAAACAAACAUGGAAAUGUCUGAGUCGAAUAUUUGCUAAAAAAAAAAACUGAAAUUUUGAGAUUUAGCCAAGAUAUUUAAAAAAACGUAUACAUUUCUGAGUUUGAAAAGAUGAACAUUUUUGACUUUUCUAAUUUUAAAGAGUCAAAGAAAAAAUGUACUCAAACUCAAAUUUCUAGCUUUUUUAUAGAAAAUUUGAGAUCUCAAAAUUUCUACCAAAUUUUUGACUUUUGAGAUUAAUCUUGAGAAAUCUAAAGAUUAAUCUGAGAAAUUUUUGAGAAGAAAACAUGAAAAUUUCUAAGUUUCAGAUGUCAAAACUUUCUGACUUUAGAAUCUUUACCAAAUUUCAAGAUUUUUCUAGAAAUUUCUGCGAUCUUAAAAUUUUUAUAUCAAAUUUUCAACUUUUAAAAAUUUGGAGGUGAAUCUCAGAAAAUUGCUGGGGAAAAAAAUCUAAAGACUUGAAUAUUUUCUAGAAAAAUCUCAGGAAUUUUGAGGAAGAAAACACGGACAAAGACGGAAAUGUUUGACAUUUCAAGAAGUCCAAAGCUGAAAAGUUUUGAUUUUUGAAACUUAGAAAUUUACAAGAUUUUUCUAGAAAUCUUCAGGUCUCAGAAUUUGAGGUUUUCUACCAAAUCUUUGACCUUUCCAAGUUUUUUUUUCUAGAAAAUUUUAGAGAUUAAGCUCAAAAUUGCCAAAUUUUCCUACCAAAUUUCCACACACACAUUCGCUCGCUGAAGGAAAUCCGUCACACGUUCGGCGCAGCCUGCAGUUACAUUUGUAAUCCAGCAGGGGGCUUAUCGGCGCUGUGGUGCAGCUGCAUUAUCCCGCCCCGCUGCAGCUGAAACUGCGUCGUUUAGACGAGCCGAUGUCGGCCCUGUGGUCUUCCAAACCCGCCUCCCCUGUUUCAGUUUAACUGGAUCCAGCCAGAGCACUUCGGACCGACUACUGAGGAGACGCGGAAACAAAAACUAAAUUAAAACACUGAAACGUCGUUCGUCUGGGGGCCGCCGAUAAAUCUGCGCGCAGAUUUGUUCUUCAAAAGGCAGCAUGCAUAUCAGUGAAAGGAGAUAAACUCGCCCGUCCGACUGCCACGAGGUCAGAGGUUAAAGGGCAGACGUCCAACACGCACCCGGGGAGCAGAGCUCCCGUUCGUUUACUGCCCGCUGUAGGCUGCUGAAGAUGCUGUUGUUUAUUGUGUUGAAUAUAUUUUGUGUUGUGUUUUUUUUUAAGCAAAUCGGAGUACACUGAAUUAUUCUUAUUAUUUUGUUAUUUUGUCUUAAUGCACUGUGAAGCUAGAGAGCCGCUGUCCCGACCUGCUGGAGGUCAGGGAUGCGUGCUGCAGACGGCAACAUGAUGGCAGGGAAACGAAACGAAACAAACCCACGUAUCUGAAACGUCAGGAGAAGUCGUCAUAUCCGAGUCCUGAGGGAGAAACCGGGUCGGAAACCGGAUCAAAUCAAACCAGUUCUUCAACGCAGCUCAGAGUUUUAAAGUCCAAACGCUAAAACUGAGGAGGGGGUGUGUUUUUUUUAUUUUAUUUUAUUUUUUUUUACUAAGCUAAAACAACAACAACAAUCUGAGCCCAGAUCAGAUUUGCUAGCGAACGUGUCGUUCUCAGUUGGAGCGCCAGUGAGGGUUUAAUCUCCACGACUUGGUAAGGAGGCUUCUUUACUCCCAUCUAACUCCAUCCACACUCCGCUCACCUCCUCUUUCCCAGUGCACUCCCAUUCUGACACCCUUCUCCUCCUAACACAUCGCUCCAUGGGUGACUAUGUCUGCUGUUUGCCCCGAUCGAUGCAUGUCUGCUGCUUUGCCCCGGCAAACGCCUCAGAUUGAGUCUGCAGAGAGCCACGCCUACGGAGAGCUGCAGGAGGAAACGCUGGUGCAGCUCAGAGCAGCGGCUGGUCAGCUGGAGGCCCAUUUGCACAAACUGCGGCGGCGUGUUGGAGGCCAUGUGGACCAGAAAACAGGACAAAAAAAAAAAACCCUGGAAAAUCUGGGACUGAUUUCAGAAAUUUUCUGGGAAAAACGAGGAAGUUUCUGAGUUUGAAAAGUUGAACAUUUGUUUGAAAAUCUGAGAAAUGUUUCAGGAAAAACAAGUUGGAAAUUUGAUUAAAAAAACUCAUUUUGAGGUUAAUCUAACAAAGUUUAAACUUUGCCAGAAAAAAAAAUAGUGAUUAAUUUUAGAAAUUUUCAAGAAAAAAAAUAUUGAAGUCUGAAUUUGAGAAGUUUAAAACUUGAUUGAAAAAAGCUAAAAUUUUGAGAUGAAUUUAAGAAAUUUUCUAGAAUUUUUUUAUUUAUUUAAAUUUCACUUUUAUCAGCUUGAGUCAAACAUUUGCUAGAAAAAUCUCAGAAGUUUUCAGAUUAAUCAGAUUUUCGAGAAAAGUUUCAAAAUUAAAAAAUGUUUGACUUUUGAAAUCUCCAAAUUACUUUUCUUAAUUUCAAAGCUUCUGAGAUUCUUCUUGCAAAUUGGUGAUUUUUCAAACUCAAUAUCUGCAAACGUUUUAUUUCUAUGUAAAAUUUCAGGGGGUUUUUUCUAGAAAAUUUUUGAUUUCUCAGUCAGAAGUUUUAGAAAACUUCAGAGAUUAAACUUGAAUUUGUUUUUCUUGCAAUCAUUUUACUUUUCAGACCCGUAAAUGUUCUUAUUUUUUCCAGAAAAGUUUUUUUGUGGGGAAUGCAGCCCUCCUUUUGGCCCGACACGCCGCCGGACACAAACACAUAUCACCAGGGAGAAUCUUGACUCGGGUUUGACUGGAUGUCUUUGGUAGAUUUUGCUCCUGUUCUUCAGUGAACAGAUACUGUGCUGCAUGCGUUUCAUACGCAAAAUAAUCAGAACAUUUAAAAAAUGUCAAACUCACUGGAAUUUGUGAUUUUAAACGGUUUAUUUAUAGACUGAACGUGCAAUAUGCAGAAAACAUGCAUGCAGUGCAGCAUCUUUUAGCGGGAGACGUGCUUAGAUUGUUAUUAUUAAUGAAGAGAGGAUUUAUAUUUCAUCUCACUGGUUAAACCUUAGAAUAAUCUUUAAGUUUUCUCAACGUUAGGCGACUGAAAUAAAAAUGUGACAAGUACUGGAAGCAAUACUGGCGUCGGCAUAUCGUGUUGUCCCGUCUUUUAUCCUCUGUCUGCCGCAUUGGAGCGUUAAACCGUAGAUGUUGGAUAGGUUUACAGAAGUACAUCUUUUUCUUUUUGUUUUCUUUUUUUUUUUUUAUUGCGGAAAUGCUGCUAUUUAAUAAUUGAUGUACUAAGACGAAAACAUAUCGGAGCCUGUCCUUCAGCUGGAGCAGCGAGAUUGAAGCGACGGUGUAAAAAUAAAUGUUAGACGCUGACAAUAAGUUAAUUUUGUGCCAAACAUGUCUUGAAGGAGCUAAAACUCUAAACGUGUUGACUCAAAAACAUUAGGUAAUAAGAGACCUCCUUUUAUAUUAAGAAAAUGUGAAAAGUGCCAAAUGAAACUUAUUUAUAGUAAGGGUGAAGUCCCCAUAUCUGUUUUUAAGAACUAGCUAGGCUAACAGACGACACACCUCACUAUAACUUUCAUUUUUUUGUCCUUCCUGCUAAAGAAGGAACCGCCAUCUUAGUGUUAGGUGACCCUCUGGGAACUCAACCUCCCAGAAUGCAACAGCACUACUACAACUCUGGGGCUAGACUGAUCAACAUAGCGAUAGCUUAGCAUCGUCAUGCUAAAGAAAAUGUGACUAAGAUAGCAUUCUUAAAUACAACCUUUUAUAGCUACGACAAAAAAAUAAAUAAACAAAAUGUAUUUUGUGGAAAUAGAUGUUAUCUUUUUUGCACGUCUAUAUUGCAUGAAUUCAAAGUGAAGCGUGGACAAAAAAAGAAGAAAAAAAACACAAAAGAAAAACAAAUAAUAAAAAAAAUAGGCAGUGUGUGUUGUUGAUUUUCUGAAACAAAUCUCUGCAUGUCGAUAAGGGUAGAGCAUUUUGAUAUUGUUUUACGUUCAAACUGUUGUUGUUAUUCCAUGCAGCUGCUUUAAAACAAACAUGUUUGCUACAACAGGAAGAGGAAAUCUUUAGAGUUUAAAUUGACUUCCUUGAACAAAGCUUUUGAACAAACUUUCUUUUCUUACCUCCUGAGCGAGCUUGGAUUAAACAUUUUGAAACGCACAUAAAAAUCUAUAUAUUUCUUAGGAUUUAGCUACAAAUCUAGACAGAGAUUGUCCACGAAUGUUCUCAUCAUUUCAUGAGUUUCACUUUUCUCACAACUGCUGCAGGAGCUCUCAUGUGUUUUUCUGUGUGGUUUCGUACUCUAACAUUACUAACCUGUUGACGCGUCAUGUCUGGAGUCUUUUUAUUCACCUUUUCCCUCAAUUUCUGGCUUAUCUUGGCAUUAAUUCAUCAGUUUAUGCAGUUAGUUGGUUAUGCAGGAGGAAUCCAGGUCCGGCGUGAGAGAAGGAAGUAAAAACUCCCUUCAUGCGUCGGCGUUUUUCCUCUGGUUUUAAUCGGGAUGCACCGAUCCGGUCAUCAGAACCGGACAAUAUUUUCCCGUUAUUUUAAUAAAUCGAAACAGAAAAGUGAAAUUUCUUCAUGCUGUAAACACUGACAUGAAAUGUUUAGAGUUUAAAUAAAGGUUCAGGAGUCUUGCAGUAUAAUAAUACAGUAUUUAUUUACUGUUUUUUAUAUACUUAGACCUAAACAAUGAUAUAUUGCACAGAUUAUUACACUUUAUUGAUUAUCAGUUGUCUUAUUAUAGUGUAAUACAAUAGUUUCCAUGAUGUGAUUUGUGCUGCAGAAAUAUUUCCGUUCAGCAGAAUCUCUUUUGUAAACAAUGCUAAGCUAAUGAUGCAACUCUGACAUUUUACUAGAAUAUGUAUCGCGAUAGACAGGUAAUCAAAAUCGAUAGGAAAUACAUCUGAUAAAACGUUCGAUAUUUCUUAAACUCUGAUCCAGAACCGCAAAGCAUUCUGGGAGAUAAAGGCAAAGGAAACACGCUAGCCGCUAAAACUCUCAUGGCUAGCUCAGCUAGGUUGGUGGAAUCACCCGACUCGCUCGCUCUUUGGUUGCCUAGCAACUGGGUGAGAAGCAGUUACAAGUCCCCCUGCGCCCCUCCCACACCUUUGGUUACCUAGCAACAACCUGCUGAGUAACUGGCAGUUUAAAGUUGUUUGGAAAAUAAACUGGAAAACAGGAAAGGUUAAACAAGAAACUAAUCAAUAAUUGUUCAAUUUGUUUUUCAGCCGUUUCGUCCUGUUUUAACAGUAUUACAACGUUUUAAAAAUCGAUUUUUAUGUAAUCAGCCACCUUCAGGAAAACCUGCAGCAGGUUUUUUUCUCGGGUUUUCUGUCCUUGAAGAAAGGAACCCAGACGUGAUCGGUGUCGGCUGAGAUCGGUGCAUCUCUGGUAAACGCCUUCCUGACUUCCAGAUAAAAGAAGUAUUUUGAGUCCCGGCGCCUCCUGUGUUCACUCUGUUGGCUUCAGCAUGGCCGUCUUACCGUCCCGUCAGAAAGUAUUGCCAUGAGGUUUUAAAUGUUUGCACUAAACUCUGCUGACUCUGCAUGACGGGCCAGGCUGAGCGUGAGAACACUGUAGAUGUUUAGCAUUAAUCCGUGUUCUGUGUGUUUAGAUGUGCAUGCUCCUCAUGUCCGUCUCUGUUGAAAGCCGAUGAAUCAUAAUUUCCCAAAUGUGUAGCCAGUUUAACUCCUAACCUGCUCAACAGGUCAUAACUUGUUCUGAUUUUUUUUUUGCCCUUUUCACUCCACCUACCUCCAGAAACCUGCUUUCCACGGUGUGUUACAGGAAACUCGGUCCCCAUUGAAACACCAGCAGCAACUGUAGACUGCAUUUGUCACAUCACUGUUUUUCAGUUUCUUCUUCUUCUGUUGGUCUCUUUACCUUCCUGGUUUUUGGUUUGUACUGUAUGCUCUAACCCGACUCUGUUUUAACAAAAAGAAAAAAGAAAAAAAAAUGCCAUUUUCUGUCUGUAGCUUGUUUACCCUUUUUUUUCCAAACAUACACACAUAAACACAAACAAAACACUCCAUGCUCUCCUUUUUGUGCACUUUCACUGCCCACUCCUUCCGCCUCCUCCUCCUCUUCGUCCAAACAUACACUCACACUUUUCUUCUCCUCCGUCGCCUCCCACGAAUCUCUUCUCUCGAGUGCCAAAAUAGAAAAAAGAGAGGAAAACAAACAAAAAAAACAAACAGUGACUACUACUCCUCCUACUACUACUACUACCAUUCCAAGCGUUUUUUGAGUUGUAUUGUCUUGGACAUCCAUCUUGGAAGCACCCAUGAAGCCAGCAUGCUCCGCCCCUCAUAACAUGAUGUCGCUCAUGACGCCUCAACUGAACGGCACCUUUUGCCCCACCUACCACCACCUGUCUCCUCCUCCUCCUCACCUCCCCCCACCCUCCACCCUCCACAAAGCUAAACCCGGCCAGGAUUAACCCCUCUGCAGGUCGGCUACCUUCCUACUCCAAAAACCAAACAGAAACGGCGCUACUACCGCUCAUGCCAGCUGCUUUUUCUUUUCUUUUUUUUCCUCCUAAUUCUGUCAUUUCUUCAGCCUGUUGGACUCCAUUUUGAUUGUGUGCCAUUUCCCCCUUUCCUUCCUUCCUUCCUUCCUUCUUUCCUUCCUUCUUCCUUUCUCUGUGAUCGCUCUCGCUCCAUUUGAUUUUUGUUUUUUCUCAAUGGGGAAAGAUUUUUU